AUGCAAUCAGGGGUUUAUCCAAUAUCAUCUGUUUCAUUAACAAAGAAAAAAAUUGGGAAAAUUAACAAAAUUGGUUCAGAAAAUGAAAAAACAUUCAAAGAUAUUCCUGUUGUUGUUCACCAACUUAUGGUUUUCAUUUAUCACCAAUCUACUAAUAAAUUAAAUUAUCUUACAGAAAGAAAAUUAGGUGAAUUUCCAUUACAUUGGGAUGGAUUUAAUAAAAAAGAUGUAGAAAUUGUUAAAAGCUAUUCGUUAUUAAAAUGUAGAAACAAAACUAUUAAAGAGUUGAUUCAAUUAGGAUUUACUGAACAAGAUUCUUUGACAAUAAAAGAAGAAUGUAAGAGUGUUGGAGAUAAUUAUUUUACAUUAUUAAAUACAAAUGGAAAUAUUUCAAAUGAAGACUUUGUUCGUCUUAUUUCAACUAGUCAGAAAUAUUCAUUAGGAGAAUUACCAGUAUUAGUUAGAGAUAAAGAUACACACUUUGCUUUUGUGUUACUUAAAUACUUCUUUUUAUGUCUUCCUAAACCAAUGAUUAAUGAUAGUGUAUUAAAAGUUUUUGAAAUGGGAUUAUCAAUGAAGAAUAAAUUAGGUAUUGAAAGGGUAAGGAAUUAUUUAAUGGGAGAGAUAGAAAAUAUUAUGUUAAGUAUGAAUGAAGAUUCUCCAUGUGCAUUUUUAUUAUUUAAAGAAAUGAUUUUAUUUAUGAGAGCAUUUGUUGAACAAAAUGGAUUAAAUGGACAAGAGAAAGAAGAAUUAUAUCUUUGUUAUUUUAAUGCAAUGUUACAAAAUAAUUCUUUUAAAAAAGAAUUUCUUCCUUUAGUUGAUUUAAUGUUUUUUGAACAAAGAUAUAAUAGAGAUAUUAAUGAACUAUUUCCUUAUGAGAAGGAAGUUGUAAUUAAAAAAUAUGAAUUUGCGUUUUGUCCAUUAUUUUGUGUUGGAUUAACAGAAGAAUUUGAUACUAAUGAUGCAGUUCCAGGAUCAGUUUAUUUUACAUCACAUAGAAUUAUAUUUAUGCCAGAUUCUCAAUUAAACCAAAGAGAAUUAAAUGUUUUAAAAUAUUUAGGAUGUAGUUCUAUUUGUAAUAUUCUUGGAGUUCAAGUUAGUCAAAAUGAACAUUCUCAUUGUUUACGUAUUAUUUGUAAAGACUUAAGAGUUUUAUCUUUUAGAAUUGUUGGACCUAUUCAACCAUAUGAAGAAAUGAUUCAAAAUAUUAUUCAACAUUAUAGAUAUCCAACUGAAACAGAAUAUUUAUAUUGUACAUCAACAAUUAAUAAUGUUAUUAUUAAUGAAGUAAAAAGAAUGGGAAUAGAAGGACAUAUUGAAUCAAUUAAUAUGAUGAGUGUUAAUGUUCCAAUCUGUCAAGAAGUAUAUCAUAUUAAUGAAAAAGAUUUAAAGGCUGUUAUUUGUUAUCAACAUAGUAAUGGAAGUCAAUUAAUAAGAUUUCCAUUAUUAAAGAAUGUAUAUGCAGAUACUGUAUUAUCAAGUUCUACAAUUAAAAUGAAAGAGGGAUAUCAAUUUACUAUUUCUAAAUAUGACAUUAUUGGAGAACAUGAAAUUAGUGAAAUGGUAAAUAAAAUUCAAGAAUUACUUCCAACUGUUAAUACAAAAAAUAAUCAAAAUAUAUCAUAUUUAUUUGAAGCUUCAAACAGAAUUAGUGAUGAAAUAAGAACUACAUUAGAUUAUACUUUUAGAUUAGUUAAACAAAUUACUACAAAACAAAUUCACUUAAUUCUUAUUUCAAAUAAAAAUUGUGAAAAAGGGUUAUGUGUUUUGAGUGGAUUAAUUCAGUUAGUAGUUGAUCCACAUUAUCGUACUAUUAAUGGGUUUAUGGAAUUAAUACAAAAAGAUUUCAUUUCAUUUUGUUUCUUUGAAAACGAUGGAUAUGAAUAUUCAAAUUAUUUUAUAUUAUUCUUACUUUGUAUAAACUUUUUAUAUAGACAAAAUAAUUAUGCUUUUGAGUUUGAUGAACGUUUAAUUCAAUUAACAUUCCAUUCUAUAUUCUCUCACAGAUUCUAUGAAUUUAAUCAUAGUCAAGUUAAUUCAAAGAGUUCCUUUAUUUCAUUAGUUCAAUAUUAUUCAUCAGAAUUUGUUAAUCCAUUAUAUCAACGCUCUAAUGAAUUAUUAAAGAAUGAACUUAUUGAAGGAGAUUAUUGUGCAUUAAUUUAUAAAUGGUUAAAUUAUAGUAAAAAAUGUACUAAAGUCUUUACAAGUGAUAUUUUAUCAACAAAAAAUAUUGGACUUGGAAUUUAUUCAUUCCCACCAAUAGAUAUUUGUAUUUCUUCAUUUUCUACAUUAAGAAUAUUAGAUCUUAGUAGCAAUCGUCUUAAAGAUUUCCCUGUUGAAUUACUUCAAUUACCACAAUUGAUUGAAUUAAAUUUAAAUGAUAAUGAUAUAUUUUAUAUUACUCCUAGAAUUUCUCAAUUAUCAAAUUUAACUUCAUUAAGUUUAGGGAAUAAUUGUUUAGUUAAUUUACCUGAAUUAAGUAAUAUUCCAUUAAGAAAAUUAGAUCUUUCAUCAAAUGAUUUUCCAAGAAAUUUUCAAUUUGAACUUGGAAAUGAUUUAGAAUAUUUUAAUGGAAGUGAAUUUCUUUCAUAUCCAACAAUUCUUGGUUCAUUACCUAAUAUUACUUCAUUAAAUUUUUCACAUGUUAGAUUUGAUAUACUCGAUAUUAUUAAUAAUCCACCUCGUUCAUUACAAGAAUUGAAAUUAUCAGGAUGUAGACUACCAAUUAUACCUGAAGAAAUUACUAGACUAGCAUUAACUGGAUUAGAUGUAUCAGACAAUUAUAUUAGUAAAAUGAAUUAUUCAUUUUUUAGUAUGUCUUCUUUAAGAGUAUUAAAUAUUUCAUCAAAUCAUGUUAAUGGAACAAAUGCAUUGUUUAAAACUAUGAAACAAUUGAAGGUUAUUGCUAAUAACGUUAUUCCAAGAAAAACAAAAUUAUCUUUAAUUUCAAUUCCUUCACUUAAAACAAUGAAACAAAUGUGUAAUGAUGGUAUUAGAUUAAUGGAAUUAGAGUGUAUUAUUAUCACUGGUAGUUUAUUAAGAAAGGAAAUAUUUACUAUAUUACAAAAGAAAUUUAUAGAAGAAGGAAGUAUUCAAAUGAAUGAAGAACAUUCUCUAACAUUUGAAUUUAUUGAUAAAAAGAAAAAAGAAAAGAAAAGUUUAGUUAUUAUUGAAAUGUCAAUAGAACAAUUACUUAAUGACAUAUGGAGAUUAAGAAGAAGUUUAUUUAUUGUUUGUAAACAAAACAAAGAAAGUUCUGAAGAAGAAGUUGUUUUAGAGUUAUUAAAAAUGAUGGAGAUUCAUGGAUAUAUUCAUAUUAUUUGUAAUGAAGAAAUAAAUGUAAAAGAAUAUAUAAACGUUGAUAACAAUAUGAUGGAUAUUGAAUAUUAUUGUUAUAUGGAUAAUAAAAAGAAGAAAACAAUUACAUGUUUAUGGAAUAAAUUAUUUAAACAAAUAAACAAAUUGGUUAUUGAAGGAGAUGAAAAUUGUUUUAAUUUAUUAAAUGAAUUAAGUGGGUUGAGAAUACCAGGAUUUUGUCUUACAAUAGGUAAAAUUAAAGAAAUUAUUCAAUGUCUUGGAAUGAAAGAAUGGCAAAAAGUAUUAAAUUGGCUUACUAGGAAUGGAUAUUUAUUAACUGAUAAUGAUUUUAGAGAUAAAAAUCAGUUAGUUGAAUUUAAGGAUGACCAACAAGUUUUAGUUGAUUGGGAUCUAUUUCCUUUAACUUCUAAGACUAUACAAAAGAAUUGUGAUAAAAAUGGAUUUUUAUGUGUUAAUAUAUUUGAAUUACUUGGAAUUAAAAAUGACACUAUUAAAUUUAUCUUAAGACUUCUUGAGAAAAAUGGAUUUUUAAUACAAAUUACAAAAGAUAUUGUUAAACCAUUCCGUUGUCAGAAACAAUUUGAAAAUGUUUUUAAAUAUUGUUCUGAACAAUCUUCUCAGUUAAAAAAAUAUAGUCAAACAACAAGUAGUUCAUCUGCAUUAUCUUCUAAUGGAAGUUGGAGUUCUAUUCCUAUUAUUGUUACUGAAAAAAUAGAAUUAAGUAAUGUUAUAUUAUAUACUUUUCAUGAUUAUAAAGAUAGUUUUAAUAAAGACAUUUGGCCAGAACAACAUUUAAGAAAUGAAAUAGAAAUUGGUAGAGUUAUAAAAAUGAAAGUAAUUAAUUAUAAAGCAAUCAAUUUAAUUAUUUCAAUUCUUAUGUUAAAAUAUACUGUUCAUUCAUAUUGGAAAAAUGGUGCUAUUGUUAUUGUACAAAAAGAUAGAAAUUUAGGAAAAUUAUAUGUUCUUAUAGAAGGAAAAAGAUUAUCAAAAACAAUUGAAAUAAGAAUUAGAGGAUUAAUUAAUGAUGUAGAAAUACCAUUUUUAAUGGUAAAUACUAUUAAUACUAUUUUUAAUGAAAUUAAAAUUAUUUGUCAACAAACUAAUUGUAAAAUAGAAAGGAUUGACGCUUUAUGUAAUGAAUGUUUAUCUAAAGGAAUUAAAACAGUUAUUCCAAAUGAAAUUAUUAAACAAAAUAUUAAUUCUUUUAUAUAUAAUUUUAAAUGGAAAGAACAUGAAAUUAAUUCUGUUGCAUGUUUAUUAGAUUUUAUAAUAGACAGUUUUCCAAAACAUUGUAUUGAUUCAUUAGAUCAAUAUAAUUUUAUUAAUGACAUUGGUACUGGAUCUAACUCUACUAUUUCAUUGUUUGAAAGAAAAGGUAACAAAGAACUUAUGGUACUUAAAUUAGGAAAUAUUGAUUUUAGUGUUACUGGAAUUAAUAAAGAAACAACAGCCAUUCAAUUAUUUACCUCUAUAUUAGAAGAAUUUUUACGUGAAAUUAACUUCAUUAACUUCCCUUCUCAUCAAUCAAUUGCUAAAAUUUAUGGAUACUCUCUUUAUCCAUUAUUUGUUACAAUAGAAUAUUUUAAUGGAGGCAGUUUGUACAGUCUUAUUAAUCAAAACCAUUAUGAAUUUUCAUUACAUGAAAAAAUUCAAAUCGCAAAACAAAUAGCAGAAGGAAUUAACUUUCUUCAUACUUAUAAAAUCCCUCUUAUUCAUUGUGAUAUUAAAUCACCAAAUGUACUUAUUAAAUUAGAUAACAAUAAAUCAUUUGUUAGCUGUGCUAUAAGUGACUUUGGUGAAACAGUACCAGCGUAUGCUUCAACUUCAUCAAAAGUAGAAUGUCCAUAUUGGCUUGCCCCAGAAGUUAUUAGUGGAAAUGCCUUCACUCAAAAAAGUGAUGUCUAUUCUUAUGCUAUUGUCCUUUGGGAACUUAGCACUAACAAGACACCAUUCUCAGAAUUUAAAUUCUUUAGUGAAAUUAGAGAAAAAGUGUUAAUGGGAUACAGACCAACUUUAAAUGAAAAAAUGACAAUUUUUAAUUCUCUCAUUACACAUUGUUGGAAUGCAGACCAAACACUAAGACCAACAAUGAAAGAAGUACUUGUUCAAUUAGAGUCUAUAACAGAAUAA